CUGUUUUCUGGACACUGUGCAGCUCCUCCUGCAUCAGCUGCUGCUGGGAUGAAUUCAAAGGGAAACGUGUUCUCAUUCUGCAAGAGGCAGGACUUCCUCUUGUAUAUCAGAGAUACUGCAAAAGACAACGUAUGCAGCUGGUGCACAAGAGUCGACUGUACGAGAAGGACAGUGGUGACAGUAUCUCAUGGCUGACAGGAUUCUCUGCUUUGAAAAAUGAUGCUGUAAAGUUUUUGUUUUAAAAGCACUUGAGACGAAGUUGAAUCCAGGACUUCUGUUUUAUCCUAUGCCCAAUACAGCCAUAGUUUUAAAUCUACAACUAUGGCUAAACGUGAAAGUAUUGUGAACCGAAUGAAGAGGUUGCUGAGAAGCCGAAAGUCCAGACAUGGCUUGAGUCAGGGGCCGGGUGACUUACCUUCUUCGCCCAAAGAUUUCUUUCCUAUAAUGUCAAGCAACAAUCAAGGAUGGCCAGAAGAGUUUGGAUUUCAUAUCAGCGGGAAUGGUCCAUGCUACAUCCUUUCCGUGCAAGAGGGCAGUAGUGCGCAUGUUGCUGGUCUGCAGCCAGGAGAUCAGAUUCUGGAAAUUGAGGGACAGGAUGUGUCAUCCCUGAGUAGUGAUACGAUAAUCAAUUUAGCCAGACAUUGUAAAACUGUUCCUCCUAGUAUUGGUGUGGUGUCUCGUAUUGAGCAGAUAGACCUCCUGCCUGCAGCAGAUGGAAGAUUUGGUUUCAACCUGAGUGGUGACAGCCCUUUGCAGAUCGAGGAUUGUCUCCCAGAUUCGCCUGCAGCCGAGCUUGGACUCAAGAGUGGUGACUAUAUUAUGGAGGUUAAUGGGAUCCCAGUAAAAAACUAUGAAGUUGCAGCUUCCAUGAUAAAGGCCAAUCAUGGGAAACCAUUGAAACUGGGAGUCCUAUGCUUUGGGAAGAGACAAAAACGGAUCAGCAGCAGUAUCCGUGAAUAUGUUCAGAAUGCUGAUGCGAUACAUCAGGAGAGGAAGUUUAAAGCUUUGGAAUUUAAUAAAAAGAUUGAUGCUGUGCUUGGGGAGCAGCCUGAAGUGAAAGAGAAGCUGCACACCCUCCUGAAGCAGUAUGCAGCUGAGCGCAAGGUUGAUUACCUGGCUUACGCACUCCCUAUGAUUUUGUGUACCGAAGAGCAGCAGCAGCUCAUUGAUGACAUCAGGAUUUUUAUUCCAAAGAAGCACCGACAGCGGUUCGAUGAAGUUGUGUCACAGAGCCUUAUCAGCAAGAUUCGCAGCAGCAAGAACAGGAUUGACAGCAGCAGCCGCCUACGUAGAAGCAGGAGUGAAGACCACCAGGAACGCCUGCUUGUGUCCACCCGUGCCAGCUCAACUCCUCGGAAUCCGGAGGAACCAGGGCACAGCAUCCGAAAGACAGGCUCUAUCUUAGGAGGAAGCGUGAGGGCAGGAACCUCCCGUAGAACAAUUCGAGUGUACAAAGGUCACAAAAGCUUUGGCUUUACCCUGCGAGGCCAUGGCCCUGUAUGGCUUGAGUCCGUUAUCCCUGGAAGUCCAGCUGAGAAAUCCGGAUUGAAGGCAGGGGAUCGAAUUUUGUUUCUCAAUGGGCUAGACAUGAGAAACUGCUCCCAUGAGAAGGUGGUGGCCAUGUUACAGGGCAGUGGAGCGAUGCCCACUCUUGUGGUGGAAGAUGGACCUUUUAACUACCCCCUUGAGCCAGACCCUGGAAACUCACCCACAUACACCUCAUCGCUGACAUCUCUACAGUGGGUGUCUGAAAUCUUGCCACCCAGUGUAAAGGUCCAAGGGAGAACGUUCACCCAGCAACUGGAGCACCUCCUGACCCCCCAUGAGCGGUACAGUGUCUGUAAGGCACUUGAGGGCUUCUUCCAGCACAGGAACAUUGAUACUUUGAUUGUUGACAUCUACCCUGUUCUGGAUACGCCAGCGAAGCAGGUAAUAUGGCAGUUCAUCUAUCAGCUGCUGACAUAUGAGGAGCAGGAACAUUGUCACCAGAAGAUUGCCAGAUUCCUGGGCUACAAGGCAGCCACAGAGUCUGGAGAAGGUGAACUAAUAGCUGAAGGGCCUCGUCGUAACUCUGUCAGAACCUCAUCGGUUUAUCAUGGCAGUGUGCGGGUUCGUGCUUCCAAAGAAUCUGCAACAGGAGGCCGUGGGGAUGCUGUGGAUACAUAUAUCCGCCUUACUCCUGGAGAGCGACAAUCGGGAGAUGGUACAUCUCUCCCUGAGACACCCAACCUGAGAAAGAUAUCUCCUGUCUAUGCUGAAAUAGAAACCCGUGGAGGGUCUGGCUAUGCAGGGAAAAUGAUGAAACCAUCGCUGCCGAGAACAUCUCCGGUACCUGAACAACUCAGCCAUUCAGGCAGCAAAAAGUUGGGGAUGUCUCUGUCAUGGCAGACAGAGCCUCAUCCCAUACACUCCUGUCGUUGUCAAGUUCCUACUGAUCCCUCCCCGACUAAUUCGGAUCCACACCCCUACGUCAGCUUGGACGGCAGCCCUAGCACCUCACCCCACAACGUGGAGAUCGUGCACAGUCCCCCAAACCGCCGCAAGAAGCUUUUCACUUUCUCCCGCCCUCCUCGCAGCCGCGAUACAGACCGAUUUCUGGAUGCCCUGAGUGAGCAGCUAGGACAGAAGGUUACCAUCAUGGACGAGUUCAUGAACCCAGAGAACGAUUAUGAAGAAAUGACCUUUCCAGAGGAGCAGGGAAUCUAUAGCGUAAAUGAUCCAAGCAGCCCCAGUGAAUAUGUCAGCAGCAGCGACGAUGGAAGUUCCUUAACAUAUUCAUCAUGUUCAGAUCCUAUCCCACCUCCUCCUCAAAGUCCCCCUCCUCCUCCACCCAUACAGUUCAAUGACCCGAAACCUGACACCCUAAUCUCCGAGUUGAAAAGGGUCAUCCCACCUCCACCCCCACUGCCUCCACCCCCCUCUUACUCCUCCAGCCACCAUCAGACUAUUCCUCUCCCACCACCGCCACCUCCUCCACCAUUACCACCCUCGUCUGGCCCCCCUCCACUGCACCGUGGCUUUCACCGUAGAAGUGAAUCCAGUCACAUGAGUGUGAAGAGGCUGCGAUGGGAGCAAGUGGAGAACUCUGAAGGCACCAUUUGGGGUCAGUUUGGAGAGGACUCAGAUUAUGACAAGCUGAGUGACAUGGUCAAGUAUCUAGAUCUGGAGCUGCACUUUGGGACCCAGAGACCAACCAAAGCAAGUUUUGUACCUGAAACCUUUAAGAAGAAGGAUAUGGUGGAAAUAUUAUCUCGUAAGAAGGCUUACAAUAUGUCUAUUCUCAUCGCCCAUCUGAAACUCUCUGCACCGGAGCUCCGUCAGAUUCUCAUGACAAUGGAGAAUGAUCGUUUGGAACCCUCUCAUAUUAAGCAGUUGCUGCUGUAUGCUCCUGAUGAGGAAGAGUUGAAGAAUUUCAAGCGGCACAUGGCUGAUCCCAGUAAGCUGAAUGAACCGGACCAAUUUGCCCUGGAGAUGCUGUCAGUAAAGGAAUAUAAAAUCAGACUGAAGAGCUUACAUUUCAAGAUCACGUUGCAAGAGAAGACAGAAGAGAUAAAGUCUGGACUGCAGUGUAUCUACAAGGCCUCAGUUGAACUGAAAAGUGGCAAGAAACUGGCAAAGAUUCUUGAGUUUGUUCUAGCAAUGGGAAACUAUCUCAACAAUGGACAGCCUAAGAGUCCCAAAACAACAGGAUUUAAAAUUAAUUUCCUGACAGAGCUUGACACCACAAAGACUGUGGAUGGGAAAUCUACUUUUUUGCACAUUCUUGCCAAAUCACUGAGCCAGCACUUUCCUGAGCUGCUGGACUUUGCCAAGGAAAUUCCAACUGUGGCCCUUGCUGCAAAAGUCAAUCAGAGAACGAUAACUUCGGAAAUUAUCGAUAUCCACACAACCAGGAAGGACAUACAGACAGUCUGUGAGAACAUGGCAGUCACUGAUGAGGACCGAUUUGCUGCAGUCAUGACCGCAUUUCUUGGGGACGCCCAGCCUGUUAUCACUUCCCUCGACUCCCUGCAGAAUCGAGCCAUUGAGGAGUUCCACAAAGUCUCAACAUUUUUUGGAGAAGAUUCAAAGAUGACCACAACUGAAGCUUUUUUUGGGAUAUUUGCAGAAUUUAUUACAAAGUUUGAGAAAGCAUACAACGAUACACGGGCCUCUGUGAACCUGCAGAACCUGAAGGUGGUUUCCCCACUUGCCUGGUGACAUAAAUGAUGCUUCUGUAUUUACAGCAGUUUUGCCAAAAAGAGCAGUUUUGUUGGACUGACACGUGAGUAAGAUGAUAGAUAGCCCCAGCAUUGGGAGUUCUCUGUAAUGAUGGCGUUGGAAAGAGGAAUGGCUAAUUGGAAGGGGCAGCUCUUGAGAUCAACUUGGCAACAACCUAGCCCCAU